CCCCUGCUCAAAGGAGGGGUUGGGGGUGCAGGGGCAGCCCCUCGAAAACGGGGUGUCUUCUCUUUUCUUGAUGCCUUCCGUCUGAAACCCUCUCUGCUCCAUAUGCCCUAAGUGAAUCCAGGAGGACUGGUUCAACCUGGAGGGCUCCUGGCAACCAGCGGGUCCGGGGGACGCCCCAGUCCGGCCCGGUGUGCGGCCGCCCCGGAAGUGACGCGCUGCGCUGCUGACCUUGCGGAAGUGGAGAUGGCGGAGCUGUACGUGAAGCCGGGCAACAAGGAACGAGGCUGGAACGACCCGCCGCAGUUCUCCUACGGGCUGCAGACCCUGGCUGGUGGUCUCAAGCGCACGCCGCUCACCAAGAGGGUCGCCGCCUCCCAGGAUGGCUCCCCCAGAGUCCCCACCUCACAGACUUCUACGGGGCUCCCCCCAAUGGGGCCUACACCUCCUGUGAGUAAGGCUCCCAGGCCCCCACCUGUGGGGAGUUGUCCUGCCUCCAGUGUAGAGCCAGCAAAUUUCUCAGUCACCGAAUCUGAAACUCUACUGGAAGACGUGCUCAAACCUUUGGAAGAGGCAUUGGAGGAUUGCCGCGGUCACACAAAGAAGCAGGUAUGUGAUGACAUCAGCCGACGCCUGGCUCUACUGCAGGAACAAUGGGCUGGAGGGAAGCUGUCAGUACCUGUGAAGAAGAGGAUGGCUCUGCUGGUGCAAGAGCUUUCAGGUCACCAGUGGGAAGCAGCAGAUGACAUCCACCGCUCACUCAUGGUUGACCAUGUGACUGAGGUCAGUCAGUGGAUGGUGGGAGUUAAAAGAUUAAUUGCGGAAAAGAGGAGUCUGUCUUCAGAGGAAGAGGCCAAUGAAGAAAAAUCUACAGACACAGCUGAGGAGAACCAGAUGGUACCAGGUGUCUAAGAGGUUCCAUAAUCUUAUGGGAUCCCUAGACUCACAUCAUUUCCUAUGCCUUGGCAGAGAGGCCUGCUCUCUCUUGGCUCCCUCUUAACCACUUGGGAGACUGCCCCCUUGGGAUCCUUGGCCUGAUGCACCCACCUCUGGGGGAAGAGGUGCCACCUGGGCCACGGGGAAGUCACUUGUUACCCAUAACAUACAUUUCAAUAAAAACAUCUCCGCAGUGGGCCA